AAGGACGAAAGUUCUAAAUUUUGGGCUGCAUACAAAAAAGUGUCCAGUGAAUAUGACAACGACAUGUUAGAGAGGUGUAAUGGCAAUAUGGAUAUAGUCCUGAUCUUCGCUGGUCUGUUCUCAGCCGCCAAUACUGCGUUCAUCAUUGCAAUGCAACCGAAUCCUGUCGACACUACCAAUGCUCUUGUAUUUCAACUCAUCCAGAUUACAUUGUACGGCUCUUCUGCCGCCCAGCCAAACCUUUCGCCAUCCACUAGUUACUCUCCUUCAAAUGUCUGGACACAGGCGCUUGCAUAUGCAAGCCUUGCGUUCAGUCUUGUAGCCGCCUUUGGUGCUAUGCUGGGCAAGCAAUGG